AUGACUCUACAGAUCUCAAAACCCAUCACCCUUCCGUCGGGCCUCGUUCUGCCAAACAGGCUCGUCAAAGCAGCCAUGGCGGAGGCAAUGGCCGGUUCCGCCACGGACUACCUGCCAAGCGAAGCCAUGAACCGCUCCUAUACGGCCUGGGCAGAUGCAGGCUGGGGCAUGGUCCUCACGGGCAACGUGCAGGUCGACACAAAGUACCUCGGCCAGCCAACAGACACAUCCAUCAUCGACAACGAGGCCAAGCAGCUCGAGUCAUGGAAGACAUGGGCAAAGACGAUCAAGGGCCCCACCGGCUCGACGCCGGCGAUCGUGCAGCUCAACCACCCGGGCCGGCAGUCCCCACUGGGCGCGGGUACCAAGGGAUUCUUCACCAAGAACGUGGCGCCGUCGCCCGUGCCGCUGGACCUGGGCCCGGGCCUGCUGGCGAAGCUGGCGUCGGCCCUGGUCAUGGGCACGCCGCGCGAGAUGAGCCACGCCGACAUCGAGGAGGUGGUGGCCCAGUUCGCGCGGGCGGCCAAGCUGAGCGCCGACGCGGGCUUUGACGGGAUUGAGCUCCACGCAGCCCACGGGUACCUGCUUGCCCAGUUUCUCAGCCCCAAGUCCAACAAGAGGACAGACGAAUAUGGCGGGACCCCGCAGAAGGCGGCCAAGAUCGUCGCUGAUAUCAUCCGGGCCGCGCGCGCUGUGACACCCGAGGGGUUCACCAUCGGGAUCAAGCUGAACAGCGUCGACCACCAGUCUGACUCAGCACUCAAGGACUGUAUCGAGCAGUUGCGGGUGAUCACCGAGGCUGGGAUCGACUUCUUGGAGGUCUCGGGCGGGACAUACGAGGACCCUGUGGUGAGUGAUGCAGUCCCCUUUAGUUUCGUAACGGAACCUUCCCUGAGGUCUUCGAGCUCGCUCGGUCUUUAA